AUGAGUGUGUUCGCGCGCCUGGGGCGAGGCAUGGGCGUGGGCAGCUGCGCAGGGGCCGGCGUGCCCGGCAGGCCUGGCGGUCGCCGAGUCUGCAGGGUAGCGGCCGUGUCGGCGCCCGCCAGACCGGGAAGAGAGGGCACCGGGGAGGAGGCGGAAGUCCCACCCGGGCUGAACAAGUUCAGCGGCCGUGUGACGCAGCCCAAGUCGCAAGGGGCGUCCCAGGCGAUGCUUUACGCCACAGGGCUGAAGGACGAGGAUAUGGACAGGCCACAAGUGGGCGUGGGCUCUGUGUGGUAUGAAGGCAACCCUUGCAACAUGCAUCUCUUGGAUUUGUCUGCCGAUGUUAAGCAGGGAGUAGAGUCUGCAGGGCUUGUCCCGUACAGGUUCAACACAGUGGGAGUGAGCGAUGCAAUCUCUAUGGGCACAGAGGGGAUGUGCUACAGUCUGCAAUCGAGGGACCUCAUUGCAGACAGUAUCGAGACUGUCAUGGGGGCCCAGUGGUAUGAUGCAUUCAUUGGCAUUGCAGGUUGUGAUAAGAACAUGCCAGGGACGUUGAUCGCCAUGGGGCGUCUGAAUCGUCCUGCACUCAUGGUGUAUGGUGGCACCAUCAGGCCUGGAAGAAGCACCAUUUCUGGGGCACCACUGGACAUCGUGUCAGCAUUCCAGAGCUAUGGUGCCUUCACUGCUGGUCUGGUGACUGAAGAGGAGCGUUUCGACAUGGUCCGGAAUGCUUGCCCUGGCGCCGGUGCCUGUGGCGGAAUGUACACAGCCAAUACCAUGGCUGCUGCCAUCGAGACACUUGGGAUGACACUUCCGUACAGUUCUUCAAUUCCGGCAGAAGAUCCCCUGAAGAGGGAUGAAUGUCGAAUGGCUGGGCGGACAGUACUGGAGAUGCUCAAGGCCGACCUCAAACCCAAGGACAUCAUGACACGGCAGGCAUUUGAGAAUGCCAUGGCAGUUGUCAUGGCCAUGGGUGGCUCAACCAAUGCGGUCUUGCACCUGAUUGCGAUUGCAAGAUCUGUUGGUAUCAACCUUGCACUGGAAGACUUCCAGAAAGUCAGCGACCGUGUGCCAUUCAUAGCAGACCUUCGGCCGAGUGGGAAGUAUGUGAUGGAGGACCUGCACAAGGUUGGAGGCGUGCCCGCUGUCCAGAGGUACCUGUUGGCCGAGGGCAUAAUCGACGGAUCUGGCAUCACUUGCACGGGCAAGACACUGGCUGAGAACCUUGCAGCUGCCAGCGAUCUGAAGGCUGGGCAAGAUGUCAUCAUGCCCUUGGACAAGGCCAUCAAGCCAACUGGUCACAUCCAAAUCUUGUAUGGAAAUUUGGCAAAGGAAGGGGCAGUUGCCAAGAUUACUGGUAAGGAGGGCCUCAGAUUCCAGGGCCCUGCCCUGUGCUUCGACCGUGAGGAAGACAUGCUGGACGCUGUUGCACAGGAUGCCUCUGCCUUUAAGGGCAAGGUCAUAGUCAUACGGUACGAAGGUCCCAAGGGGGGCCCAGGCAUGCGCGAGAUGCUGAACCCCACCAGUGCCAUAAUGGGCGCUGGCCUGGGCAAGGAGUGCGCAUUGCUGACUGACGGGCGAUUUUCGGGCGGCUCCCAUGGGUUUGUGAUUGGGCAUGUGACGCCUGAGGCACAGGAGGGUGGCACGAUCGGGCUGGUCAAGGAUGGGGACGACAUCACCAUUGACAUCGCAUCCAGGAGGAUGGAUGUCAAUUUGCCAGAUGAGGAGCUGGAGAGGAGGCGCAAGGAGUGGGUGCCGCCACCUUUCAAGGCGACUUCUGGAACUCUUUACAAAUACAUCAAGAAUGUGGCGCCGGCGACACUGGGAUGUGUGACAGACCUUUGA